UUUACCGCGGACCUGUUUCUGUUUACAUCGAGCUUCCGUCGCAGCAUGGCAACUAAAGAAGCGAAAGGGAAAAAGGGGAAAGAUGGGGAGAAAAGAAGUGCUAAAAAGAGCGAAGGGUCGAUAAUCGACGAUGAAAAGAAAGAUGGAUCCAUUAUUGGUGGGACUGAAUCGACUCCAACCGAGGAUAAUGUCCAGGAAUCGCCUCGUAAAGAGCCGUCUCCCGAACCCGAAUACGACGAACCAACUUUGACGGAACUAAUCAUAGAGAGCUUUGAGGGUGAGAAGCUGCGCGGGUUGUACGAGGGCGAGAGUGUUGCUCAUUUCACCGGUGGACACCUAUACAAGGGGAUGUUCAUGGAAGGCCAUAUGCAUGGGAAGGGAUGCUACACUUGGUCUGAUGGAGUUACUUACGAGGGUGAGUUUUACCAGAACAAGGUCACGGGCAAAGGAAGUUACAGGUGGCCAGACGGAAGUACUUACGAGGGUGAUGUGGUGAAUGGGAAGCGCCAUGGUGAUGGAGCAUUCCACUACAAGGGAAACAAGGUGUCCUACUCCGGGGAAUGGUGUGAAGGUAAAAGGAACGGAAAGGGAAAGAUGGAAUACGAUAGUGAGGGAAAGUCGUUCUAUGAUGGAGAUUGGGUGAACAAUGUCAAGCAUGGUUGGGGCACUCGUCAGUAUCCCUCUGGCAAUGUCUACCAGGGCAUGUGGUUCAACAACGUCCGGCACGGUGAGGGAACGAUGAAGUGGCUUGACAAAAACCAGAUCUACAAUGGCAACUGGGAAAAUGGCAUUCAGCAUGGUAUGGGUCAGCAUAACUGGUUACUGCGUCGUAAGACAGGGUCACAGUACCCCCUCAGGAACAUGUAUGACGGCGAGUUUGUUAAUGGCCUCAGACACGGCUUCGGCACGUUCCUGUACGCCAACGGUGCCAAGUACGAGGGAGGUUGGAAAAACAACAUGAAGCAUGGAAAGGGGAAGUUCACAUUCAAGAAUGGAAGAAUCUAUGAAGGGAUGUUCGAGAGGGACCAUAUAGUGGAGUACCCCGACUUUACUAUGGACGGCGCCACCACUCCCGACAUUACACAGAUCAGGACCCGCACACCGCUGCCUGGGGAUAACCUGUCGGUCCACAGUAAUGAGAGCAGGAACACCAUUAGUCCUAGCUUCCAAUUGGACAUCGAGCACCUCCUUAACGAGUUUACAGAGUAUGAUAGGGAGGAAGAGGCUCGACAGGCCUUGUGCGUUGUUAUGCGUAACAUCAGUGUUCUGAGGAAGAUCUACAACUUCUACAGUUGUCUUGGUUACGAGGAGAGUACAGACAACACAUUCGUGAUGAACAAGAUGCAGUUCUGGCGGUUCAUGAAGGACUGUAAGCUCCACGAUGGCCAGCUCACCCUCAUGGAUAUGGACAGAAUGCUUGGUCACAGUAAGGCCAGCUAUGAGAUCCACAACCCGUACGAGAGAAUCUUGAUCCGACAGUUUGUCAACAGUCUCAUCAUCUUAGCCUACUACCUCUACCACGAGGAACACGAGGGAACUGAGCCUGUACUGGCAUCUUGUAUGUCCAAACUGAUCCAGGACAAAAUUCUUAGGAAUGCAUGCAAUGUCCAAGGACACUUUUACCAUGAGAGUCGUCGGUCAGUCAAUGCCCUGGUCCAUCUUGACCAGUCGUACGAGGUUUACCAAGCUGUUUGCUCCCCUAGGAAGUUGGUACCAAAGGAUAGCUCAAUGAAGAUGAGACAGUUCUUGUACAUGAUGAAGGAUCUGAAGCUGAUCAACAAUGAUUUGACUCCUAAAGCUCUGCUGGACAUCCUCUCCUCCGACGACCCUCGGGUAUCUGAUGGGGAGGGCUGUUGUAAUCUGGAGUUGGAGAUGACAUUUUUGGAGUUUUUCGAGGCACUGAUAGGCUCGGCUGAAGUAUUUGUGACAGAGUCUGUUGUGAAGGACCCGACAACACCAAGACCCAGUACUGUCCUCACACCGGAACAGAGCAUGUUCUCCAUGCCCGUGUCUCCUUCGCGGAUGGCUAGUCAGGUUGGAAUGGAUGCUGUCGAAUCCAAUGCCCAGGGGUCUCCUCGCCAGGGGACUGUUUCUCCGGAGACAAGUUCUCCUGUUAGGGCAGUUUCCUCAGCCGAUGGUACGACCAAGACAGGUGACAUAACCUCCAAACAACAUGAGUCUGGAUCCAUGGCUACAGGAGCAUCAGAAAAUGAUCACCCAACUGCCGUCAGUCGUCAUGAGUCUGUGAAAGACAUCCAGCCACUGGCAGAGCAACAUAAAAGUGCCUCCUUUGUGAGCACUCACACCAAUGCUACAGAUGCUGAUGGUCACAUGCUCAUGCAGAGUUCGGUCUCCAUUGGCGGUCACACCUUCGGGGGCCAGACUGAGGGUGAUGAUGACGGGGACUACAAACAUGUUGGUAUGGCUGAUACGGAUGCUGAAGAUGAUGAAGAAGAACUUGAUGAGGCUACUCGACAAUUCAACUUCUGGACACAUCAGAUCCACAUUUUCUUUGUCCGCAAGUUCUUUCCUGCUGCAGAGAAACUUUCCCAGUUGAAGACAUCGGUGGAGAAGAAGAGAAUUGAUGAGGCUAAAGAACGUCUUAAGGCUGAACAAGAUGCUGAGGCUCUGAGACAAAUCAACCAAAAUUAGGUUGAAUUUUUUUAACUGUCAAAAAGACUGAAGUUGGACUUAUUUUUACAAUUAUUACCUGUGUUUGUAGAACUUUGUCUGUGAUAAAAAAAUAACUUGUUUCCGUCCUAGCUUACGGCACUAUAAUUAAAGUAUUUUAUUAAUAUGAUUCAAUUGUACAAACAAUAAAGCAUUACCUCUCAUACGAGGUAAUUUCCUAUCUCAAACUGAGAAAACGUCAUUCAUAGUAUUCAUUUUUAAGAAUGUUAGUGUAGCAAAAAAGACUUAAAU